AUGUCAGGAAUGUACCAGAAGAAGGGAGAAAAGAGUGCCAAGGAAGUCGAGGAUCUACGUAAGUUCUCGAACUUCGCGAUUCCGUUCGUGAUGAACUCGUUUGGAUAUCCAUACCAAGUUGUCAGUACUGUUAUGGCUGUCGGCUUGCUGUAUCCUUCCUUCCAUAAUGGCGCAUCGUUUGUGACUGGCAUUCGGCCAUGGGACUACCUCACACCUCAUGGCUUGAAACGAGGAUCACGCAUGUUUCUUCGUGAGCAAGCUGGAGCUGUUUCCGUUGGACCAGAUCAACAACUAUACGCGAGUACAAGCAUUUUGUUAGCGCGUAGGUUGUUAGAUCAGGCGUCGUUAGUGGCGGAUCCACACGUUGAGGUGCAUAUUGAGGAGAAUCGAAUCGAAUCUACAUGA